CAAAACAAAAAGUCAUUGCCGGUUCGAUUGGUGACUUGCUCAGAAACUUCUCCGCUAUCCUCAAAAAUGUUCAAGCUGUUCCGAAGUGAAAGCGUUUCCGGUUUCUCGUUCGUGGUACCCAGUGUCAGCGUCGGAAAUGUGGCCCAACUGGCGGUGGAUUUACUCAUCGAAACGCUCAAACUUUCGAAAGUGGGUCUUCUGUGGCAUCCAGCUUUGAUUCCGGUUGCCGGUCCAGCCGCGUACGCUCACGAUUCGGAUAAAAUUACCACCACUGCCGAACUGUUUGCAUCCGACGAGCAUAAGUUGUUGGUUCUUCAAUUGCGAGCCCCUCUCGUCGGUUCCUUGACGGCGGAUUUCCUUACCAGUUUGUCGGACUUUGUAGAGAGUCAAAAACUCGGAGAUGUUUUCAUACUAUCCAGUAGCUUCGCCCACGAAAACCAGCAAAUCGGUUCCCGGUUUAAGUACGUGGCCACGGAAGCAUUCCUUUCUAAGCGACAAGAGGCCCUAACUCAAUUGAAGUGGCCACAGUUGGAAGGAAGUGUUAUUCACGGGGGAGGAUUUGCUAUGAAGUUGCAGCAACUGUUGGUCGCACGUAAUCAAUCCGGAUUGGUGCUUUUUAGUUAUGUUUCCGAAGGGGACAACACUACAGAUGCCGUUAAUUUGGUAUCGUUGUUGGAUCAGAUCAGAGAACCGGUGCUGCUACCGAGAGAUGACGAACAGAAGAUUAAGAUUGCGGUUCCCAGCUCUUGGAAGCAUCUGUUUGGAAACUCAGCUCCUGUGAACGUUUAUUGAUGGAAAAUAAAUUGUUAAUUUAUGAAACUUA